AUGGUACGAGCAGAAGAAGCAAAGCAGAAAUAUAUUUCCAGAAUUCAGUCUGUUGCUCAAAAAUUAAAAAAAAUAACAAAAAGUCAAUUUCAAAUUGCAGCAAAAAAAAUGAUAAAGGAAAAUAAUCAUGUAUACACAGCUAAAUUUGUUAAACUUGCCACAGAUAUAAGUAACAUUGGAACUAUUUCUCUUUCAGCAGUGGCCAAAUGUAUUAAAUCAAUAAUAGCUUUCUUUACUGAUAAAACGCCCGAUCAUUUACUUUCAACAAAAACUUUUUCGCGGUGGAAAAAGAAUGAAUCUAAAAAUUAUCCAACUAUUAUUCUUGCAAAAAUGGUUGAUUUAGAUAAAUGCACUAGCGUUAUUAUAGCCAAAGUUGUAAAAGACACAU